AUGCGUCUUCUCCCAUUCGUGUCUCUGGCAUUGGCGACUACAGCUUUGGCAGCCUCUGUUGAUGACUAUGUCGCAACAGAGGGCCCAAUUGCUGAGGCUGGCUUGCUCGCCAACAUCGGACCCGAUGGUUCGAAGUCUUCCGGUGCUCUCGCUGGUAUUGUUAUUGCGUCGCCGAGCACCACUAGCCCGGAUUACCUCUAUACUUGGACGCGUGAUUCAUCCCUCGUAUUCAAGGUGGUCGUUGACCAGGUUGUCGCCGGCAAUACCUCUCUCCAAGGUCUCGUCGACGAUUUCGUUACCGCGGAGGCGACGCUGCAACAGGUCUCCAACCCGUCUGGCACUGUUAGCACGGGUGGGUUAGGCGAACCAAAAUUCAAUAUUGAUGAAACGGCUUUCACCGGUGCGUGGGGACGCCCUCAACGCGAUGGCCCAGCUUUACGAUCGACCGCUAUCAUUGAAUACGCCACUUGGCUUUACAACAGCGGGAACACCACCUAUGUUUCCAACACGCUGUGGCCCAUUAUCAAGCUCGACUUGGACUAUGUUGCUUCUAACUGGAACCAGACGACUUAUGACCUCUGGGAGGAAGUUAGCUCUUCGUCUUUCUUCACGACCGCCGUCCAGCACCGUGCUUUGCGCCAAGGUGCCACAUUUGCCACACUGAUUGGACAGACGAGCGUGGUUAGCAACUACCAGACCCAGGCCGCCAACUUGCUUUGCUUCUUGCAGUCCUACUGGAAUCCUACGGGUGCUUACAUCACGGCCAACACUGGUGGCGGACGGUCCGGCAAGGACGCCAACACCAUUCUUACCAGUAUCCAUACGUUCGAUGUUGAUGCCGGAUGUGAUGAUGUCACCUUCCAGCCCUGCUCCGACAAGGCCUUGUCUAACUUGAAGGUUUACGUCGACUCCUUCCGGUCCAUCUACACCAUCAACUCUGGUAUCAGCUCGACCUCUGCUGUUGCCACUGGUCGUUACCCCGAAGACUCUUACUACAACGGCAACCCCUGGUAUCUUACCACUCUUGCUGUCGCUGAGCAGCUCUACGAUGCUCUGUCGACCUGGACUGCGUUGGGCUCGUUGAACGUCACCUCUACCUCGCUCGCCUUCUUCCAACAAUUCGACUCUUCCGUGACCGCUGGCACCUACGCUUCCUCCUCCACCACCUACAGCACUCUCACCGCCGCCAUCAAGGAUUUCGCCGACGGGUUUGUAACUAUCGUUGCGGACUACACCCCUUCCACCGGCGAACUGUCUGAACAGUACUCCAAGGCCGACGGUAGCCAGCUCAGCGCCGUCGAUUUGACUUGGAGUUAUGCGAGUGCCGUUACCGCUUUCGCCGCGAGGUCUGGUGCUACUGAGACCUGGGGUGCAGCUGGUCUUACGGCUCCUUCGACAUGCUCGACCGGCGGAUCCGGGUCCGGAGGGUCGUCUGGCGACACUAUUGCAGUCACUUUCACUGUGGACGCUACCACCACUUACGGAGAGAACAUCUACCUUACCGGCUCCGUGAGCGAGCUGUCGAACUGGAGCACUACGAGCGCGCUCUUGCUCUCCGCGGCCAACUACCCCGAGUGGAGCAUCACCGUCAACCUCCCCCCCAGCACCGCCAUUCAGUACAAGUACAUCCGCAUCUUCAACGGAGCUGUGACCUGGGAGUCUGACCCGAACCUGUCGAUUACUACCCCCUCGUCGGGGACGUACAGCACCUCUGACACUUGGCGCUGA